UGGUGGCAGUUUCGCGAGACAGCGCGAUUUUACGGUGCCCAAACCUUUGGUUUUCUUCGGUUUUUUUAUUUUUUUCCGGAGCUCGUGCUUGAUAUUUUUGCGAGAGGAAUGAGCUUCAGAGCACUGAUGUGUGAAAUCUGUAAUGCUUUUUUGGGAUUUUUCUUGACUUUCUUUUCUGGUUUAAAUUUCCAGUCUCAGGUUUUAUUUUUAAUUUUUUAAAUUGGAAGAAAGAGUGAUAAUAUAUACGGGGAGUCGGCAGUCAAGAUGGGUUUGGGAUUGUUGGGAGAUUCGCGCAUUAAUGGGGUUUCCUUUGAUUCUCCAAGUGAAUGAAUGUGAUUCAUCCAGUAUUUUGGUUCCAGGAGUUUUUUUACGGAUAUUUAUGAUCUUUUCUAUUUUGUCUGCCAAGUGCCGAUGUUACCUGGCUGGCUCUCUCUAACACACCCUCUCUCUCUGGCCCUUUUUCUGUUCUGUUACCCUGCUUUAUUUCACGAAGAACCUGAUUCUCUGAACACGAGGAACGAAUUUCCUUCCUUUGUUUUCUGUCAUAUCUUUACCAGCCUUUUGCCUCUGCCUCCUGUGUUCGUGUGUUUGUUUUUUUGUUCUAUUUCACCGUCGAGAUGCUUGCGAGCACUUCUCCUGUGAGCUCAGAGAGAGAGUGAGAGAGAGAUACGGAGGGAUAUGUGGCAACUAUAAUUAAUUUUGUCUUUCGUUGGAAAACCCACGCCACCUUUCCCGUUUUCUUUCAGGCGAGCUUUUCGCUAGAAACUAAAACAAAACAAGAAAAAAAGACUACGAUGUUCUCAUCCACUUUCUUAUUCACAUUUUCGUUUUUUUCGUUCGUGGCAAUAACGGAAACGAUUUUAUUUUUCUCCGAGCUUUGAUUUCUCUGACUUGUCUUUCUCUUCUGUGAUUGAAGAAACUCAAAUUCUCGAAAGUAGAAUGAUCAUAAAUACAUAAAAAGAGCUGGGCGUUCAGUCUCGUGGCUGGUUGGGUCCGAUUAAAUUCCGAGCCGUCGAAGCCUUUUUCAAAACUCAGAUGUUGGGAUGUCAGAAAUGGACAAAGUUCGAGACGUGAGGCGUGGAGCCAGUCGGUUCUCUCCUGCCAAGCCCGACAAGCUCUUCUCUGAUGGUGUUGGUGGGGACUUCGUACAUGUGGAAUGAUCGAAUGAAGAUAGAAGAUUGAGAGUUGUUGGUAGGACAAGCUCGAGCUACGAAGACGACGAAAUGGGUUGCGAUCUGUCCGACAAAGAAGAUGAGCUUCGCUUACGAGCACCGUCUAUGAGUAUUGGUUCUAGCAAGAGAUUUAAGAUUCCCAAAAAGUUUUUUUAUGACCGCAAUGGUGUGGAUCAGGCCUCUGUUCCGAGAAGGCUGCGUUCAGGUGCGCAGCGAAUCAAACAAGCUGCCAUGAAGAAGCGCAAUCACGAAUCAGUUUCUCCACCUUUACCAGAUUCAAAGAAGGUGAACAGUACAAUCAGCGGAGUCGAAGAAUCACCCAUAAAAAAUGGUGUAAAGAAAUCUAAACUGAACUUGAAACAUGGAGGCUCAGACUGGUCCCCAGAACAGACUUUCUCUGGGCAAAUAACAAAAGAGGAGGAAGAAGUAGUGGAAACCUUGUAUGCAUUGGCUGGAAUGUUCCCCAAUAAUGAUGCAAAUGAGAAGAGUAAAUUAGACACAGAAUAUACAGAAGCUAGACCUUUGGCUUUUCCAGAGUCAAGGGAGAAUCCAUCGUCUAUGCAAGAUUCUGCAGUUACAAAUGACAACUCAAGUACUAUGCCUUGGAAAUUAUCCAAUGUUACCAAUCCCUCAUCAUCCAACACGGAUAGUUUGCCCAAAGAAACUCGAAAAGUAGAUUCUUUGAAUGAACCCAGUAUUCAAGAACGGCCAGAUUUAUCUAACAGAGAGAAAAUUCAUAUGGAGUCAGAUUGUCCUGUUCCUCAAUUGAAUGCAAGUAGCAUGUCAUUCUUGGAUAAGAGUGACAGUGGCAGUGACGGUGAAAAGCCAUUGCGCAAUUAUGAGCUAAGCUUGAUUGGAUUAAAACUACCUACACAACCGGAGACCCCACUAAUUGAGAAAGUAUCAGAGAUGGCAAUGGGGCCAGUAAAUGUAAUUUCCAAGUCUGAACUAAAUGGGGCCAUAACUAUAGCAAGUGAACCGGAACAACAAAAAAUGAUCAAGGAGCCCAAGAAAAAUGGCUCGGCAUUGUGGCCAGGCUUGUCUUCAGUUGUGCCACAUGGAGUCGGGAGUCCUGGUCAUUAUUUGCAGUCCUCUGCUGCUAAAGUUCCAGGUUGGCUCGAUACUGAUAUGAUUGCCUGCAGACACAGGUCAUUUGAAAAUGGUUCUUCAAGUGGAGAGGUUUCAAAAGUUGCCGUUGAAAAAGAUACAUGGAAGAGGUGCUCUGCUCAUGUUCAUAUAAGUCAUCUCAUUCAGAAUUUACAAAUGCCAGAGAACCAAGGGAGGCUGCUGCUGCAAUGUAAUCAAUUGAAACUCCAGAAAGGACCAAAUCUUGGAGCUCGUAUGGCACUUAACAGCUUUCAUGGGGUGAGGACUAGUUUCAACGGCACUAUUUCUUCUACCACUACAUGCAAUUCAACUGAUGGAAGAAAUUCAAAUGACGCUAAAACUGGUAUUCUUUGGCAACAGCAACUCCAUCAAGAUCAGCCCCAUGCUGCUCUGGUAUCUGAGGCGUACACUUCGCAGAAGCAGAGAUUCGAUUUCUUGUCCUUGUUCACUGGAGGUGGUGGGAUGGAAGCUAAGAAUUGUGGUGAUAGAACUAGUAAUGGGUUGGAUCCUUCGUCACAAUGCCAAGUUCCUUAUCUUCAAUCUCUUGCACAACAGCAGACUCUUUUGCCUUUCGCAAUGCCUCAAACUCGCUAUACCUCUGCUGCUUACCCUGAUCAGCUUUCGAUAACAUCAUCAGCAGCAAAUAAGGUGCAGAUGCGGGUAGCUCCAUUUCUUGGCAAUCCAUUCAGCGGUCCUCAUGUAAGUCCUGCAGCCUUGACAACACAGCAGCAGCAACAGCAACAACAACAACAGCAGCUGCAGCAACAACAACAGCAUCAGCUGCGGCAGCAGCAGCAGCAACAACAACAGCAUCAGCUGCAGCAACAUCAACGACAUCAGCAACAGCAACACUUUUGGGCUGCCCAGCUAGCAGCUCAUUACAGGCCUGUGGCAACUUCAAUAUCUAUGACCCAAAUUUCGAGCUGGCAACAGGGAAGGCAGGAUCCUCCUAUGCUGAUCCCAUGUGCCCAAGCCAGUAUCCCACCAUCCCUAGAAGUACUUGGCCCUAAGUAUGCUACAGCCUCUCAACAAAAGCAGCGCCUUAUGGCCAUUACUCCAUCAUUGCCCCCAGCCCAGAUUAAAAAACAAGACAACCUUUUCCCCUCUACCUACGGAGAGACCGAAGGAGGGUUCCAUGCCAGUGGCGUGCUGCCAUUGCAAUUACUCUGUAAUGAGCACCUUUGAUGUGACUUUCAUUGGCAGUUUAAUAAGGCAAUGGGGUGGGCAAUACAUUAUUGCAUCAAUUCUUUCUGUUCAUACUCAAGUCUUCAUGUGGCAUGAUCAAAAAAGUGCAGAUACAUGCAAUGUUCGACUGAUUGCCAUGUAUGGAAUAUCAAAUGAUCAGAAAAGAAUGCCGUGCAUUUCAUAAUAUCAAAUGAUCAGAGAAAGAAGAGCAUCCAAGUCAGGCAAAGGAAAAUUGCUGGGACAUGUGCAUAUGUUGGGGGAAAACCUGAGACCUGUCAGCUGCUGGAGAUGGUAAUUAAGUUUUGUUGUAUGAUCCUUUUAUCAGCAUCUAUGGUCACACUGAUGCCCUUUUACAGAGAACAUUACUAAAUAGAAUCGUCAAACUUCUUUCUAUUUGCCUGUCCCCCACAGAAUUUUCUUUUUAGCUUGCUUCCUUUAUUGUUGUUGACUUUUUCUGCCUCAGCUUUACUGCUUUAGGGGUUAAGGUAAUGCUAACCACCCAAAGAAUGAAGGGGAAACGCCAAAAAGUAAAUAGGAUCAAGUAGCAAAGAAUGAGACCAGAAUAUGGGUCUCAAGCAACUUGAGUGGAAUUCCGGCAUUGGCUCAGCGACACAAUCACAGGAUGGGUUCUGCUAGGGAAAUGGUGAUGUCUCUCUCUCUCCCCCCCCGGCGAAUAGACUGUCAAGAGGAAGAUUUUAUAAAUUACACCUUCAUCCCACUAUGAUAAGGUAGCAAUCUUUAAAUUUAUUCUUUAAAAAAAUAAAGGAUGAUUAAGGGCAAUAAAAGUGCCACAUAUUACUAGAAUGAGAGUGAGAUGAGAAUGGUUUGUGGAUGUUCACAGAUAACGAAUCAAUCCUUCAAAUAUGUUAGAACCAUGUACUCGAUAAUGCACCAUCAAAUGUAACUAUAAAUUUCAUUUUCA